AUGGAUGUUUACCUUAUUGUCAUUGGUACGCUGUUGGCCGCAGUAUGUAUAUGGAAAAUCUUUGGCAUUGUGAACAGAUACAAAGAGGCUAUAAGAUUAUAUUCUCACAAAGAAAUCCAGUCAAUUGGAAAAUUUCAUCCGAUAUGGGGCCAUCUUCAUUUGAUUUCAAAUUUUGAUGAUUUCACAGACAUCUGUUUUGAGCUAGUGAAAGAAACAAAAACUCGCAUAGUUUCGUUCUGGAUAAUGUUUUUCUUUCCACUUUUUGCGAUCUGCCAUCCGGAAACGGCUAAAAUAGUGCUCAAGUCUUCAGAGCCAAAAUCGAAAGGUCCAGGCGGGGCCUACUACCCUCUUAUGGAUUGGCUAGGAGACGGGUUACUAAUCAGUGAUGGUAAGAAGUGGGAGAGGAACAGACGGUUGUUGACACCAGCAUUCCAUUUCGACGUCCUCAAACCUUAUGUAUCGAUUUAUAACAAAGUCUUUGAUAUCUUUUUGGACAAGUUAGAAAAGGCGACAUCAGGAGGAAAUAGCGUUGAAGUAUACGAUCCAAUAGGAUUGGCUACCCUCGAUACCAUGUUGCGCUGUUCGGUGUCAUACGAUGAAAGAGUACAGGAACAGGGAUCAAAUCAUCCUUAUGUUGACGCUAUGAAGAAACUUACCCACAUAUCACAAGAACGACUGCUACGUCCAUGGUUAACGUGGGAUUUUGUAUUCUAUUUGUCACCUCUCGGGCGAGAAUUUUCAAGACAUACCAAAUAUGUACAUGAUUUCGACGAAAAGGUCAUACGCGAAAGAAGGGCGUCUUUGGCUGCCGACCCAUCUGUUCUCAAAAAACGACACUUGGAUUUCCUAGAUAUCCUGCUGACGGCCCGUGAUGAGCAGGGUACAGGGCUGACUGACCGUGAAGUAAGAGACGAGGUUGACACAUUUCUCUUCGAAGGUCACGACACUACCGCGUCAUCCAUUGGCUGGGCGGUCUACUCUUUGGCAAAAUAUCCAGAAGAACAACAGAAGGUCUACGAGGAAGUUACGAAAGUUUUGGGAGGUAGACAGAAUGUAGAAUGGUCAGAUAUACAGGAGUUGUCAAGGCUGUCGCUUUUCAUUAAAGAAUCAAUGAGAAUGUUCUCACCCGUUCCUGGAAUAGCAAGAGUGACUACAAAAAAAAUGGAACUGGACGGAGUAACACUUCCGGUCAAUACUGAAGUUACUAUUAUGAUACAAGUCCUCAAUCACCACGAAGAAAUCUGGAAGAAACCACAGGAGUUUCGUCCUGACCGCUUUGUUGACGAAUCUAACAGAGAUCCUUACAGUUAUGUACCAUUUUCAGCGGGACCAAGGAAUUGUAUCGGACAACAUUUUGCCAUGAAUGAACAGAAAGUAGCAUUAGCAAAGUUAAUUCAACGUUUUCGCAUACUUCCCGAUCCCAACAAUAUUCCUGUUCCGACAAAUGGAGUGGUGACACGUUCGAAAAAUGGAAUCUAUGUCAAACUCGAGAAGCGUUGA